AGAUAGGAGGGCUGCACUUUGUCCUGGACUUUUGAGCUGCUCUGUUGUUCGCUGCUGGAUGCCUUUUUCACUCCGCACGUCUCCGUUGUGUCAUUGCAGUUGAGAGCUGAGAGCUGAGAGUGAAGAGGGACCCGAGUGAAGAUGUCUAUCUCCACUCAGCUGGGUCUGCUGUUGUGGAAGAACUUCACCUACAGAAGGAGACAAACGCUCCAACUGCUGACAGAGAUUGUGUGGCCUCUCUUUAUUUUCUUCAUCCUGAUUGCUGUGAGGUUGAACUACCCACCUUAUGAGCAACAUGAAUGUCACUUUCCCAACAAAGCCAUGCCCUCGGCAGGCACCCUGCCCUGGAUCCAGGGCAUCGUCUGCAAUGCCAACAAUCCCUGCUUCCGACACCCAACCCCUGGGGAAUCUCCAGGAGUCGUUGGAAACUUCAACGAUUCCAUAAUCUCACGCCUGUUUUCUGAUGCCAAGAAGAUCUUACUGUACAGUCAAAAUGACAAGAGCUUAGAUGGAUUCAAGGAGCUUAUCAGUGCAGUGAAAGUCAUGCAAAACAACACAGCUGGUUUCAAGCUGAAGGACUUCCUGCGUGAAAAUGAAACCCUUUCCACGUUCCUCCAGCAAAACGCCUCCUUUUCCCAUAAUUAUGUACAGAAUAUUCUGAAAGCUGAUGUGAAUCUUGAAAAGGUGCUGAUCAAAGGUUUUGGCGUCCAUCUGAGAGACAUGUGCAGCACCACCACACUUGAGGAUUUUGUGAGCAUCCCAGACGAAAGGGUGGCGAGAUUCACCCAGGACCUCAUCUGCAGCGCUCCCAAUAGCUGGCUAGACCAGGCCGAGAGACACUUCAAGUCCAACUUGGAUUUCCUCAAACCUAUUAGGUCAGACAUGAGGACUAAUGCCACUGACGUCCGUCUAGUUGCCAAAGCUACAGACAACCUUCUGGAAAGCCUGGGAUCACUGGCUGUGGAGCUGGCCAGUAUGAGGAGCUGGAGUGACCUGCGAAACGAGAUCCUGUUUCUGACAGAAAACGCCACCGGCUCGCCGAGUCUGAUGUACCAGGCUAUGUCCCGUAUCGUGUGUGGACACCCGGAAGGCGGUGGCCUCAAGAUCAAAUCCCUCAACUGGUAUGAGGACAGCAACUUCCAGGCGCUGUUCGGCAGCCACAACGACAGUGAUAACGAACCAGUUUCAGUCUAUGACAACACCACCACUCUAUACUGUAACAACUUGAUGAAGAACAUGGAAGCCAGUCCUAUCUCUCGAAUGAUCUGGAGAGCACUGAAACCUCUCCUGAUGGGGAAGAUCCUCUACACGCCACACAGCCCUGCAACACAGAAGAUCCUCUACACGCCACACAGCCCUGCAACACAGAAGAUCAUUCAUGAGGUCAACAAGACAUUUCAGGAGCUCGGAAUUCUACGAGAUUUAGGCGGAAUGUGGGAAGAAGCCAGACCGAAGGUUUGGAACUUCAUGGAGAACAGUGAAGAAAUAGAUUUGAUGCGGACGCUUCUUCGAAACAAUGUCACUGCUAGUUUCUUCAGUGCCCAGUUGGCUGAGACUCAGUGGAGCGUGGAGGAUGUUAUAAGCUUCUUGUCUAAGCACUCCGAGGACACGCGUCCUCAUGGAACGGCAUUUACGUGGCGGGACGUCUUCAAUGAGACGGAUCAGGCCAUUAUGAGCAUAUCCCGUUUCAUGGAGUGUGUAAACCUGGAUAAACUUGAACCUGUGAGCACAGAGGAGAAAAUGGUGAACGAGUCCAUGAGUCUCCUGGAUAACAGAAAGUUUUGGGCGGGAAUUGUGUUUCUGGACAUUCAGUCCAACAGCUCUGAACUUCCCCCACACGUCAAUUACAAGAUCCGCAUGGACAUCGACAGUGUGGAGCGCACAAACAAGAUUAAAGAUGGGUAUUGGGAUCCCGGUCCCAGGGCUGAUCCGUUUGAGGAUUUGCGGUAUAUUUGGGGAGGAUUUACUUACCUUCAGGAUGUAGUUGAACACAGCAUCAUUAGAGCAGUUACUGGGACCAAAGAGAAGACUGGUGUUUACAUCCAACAGAUGCCUUAUCCAUGUUAUGUAGAUGAUAUUUUCCUUCGCAUUAUGAGCCGUUCCAUGCCGCUUUUCAUGACUCUGGCCUGGAUGUACUCAGUGGCCAUCAUCAUCAAAGGUGUCGUCUACGAGAAGGAGGCCCGGCUCAAGGAGACCAUGAGGAUUAUGGGAUUGGACAAUGGAAUCCUGUGGUUCAGUUGGUUCAUUAGCAGCCUCAUCCCUCUUCUCAUCAGCGCAGGCCUGCUGGUUCUUCUACUCAAGAUGGGUAAUCUCCUGCCCUAUAGUGACCCUGGCGUAGUCUUCCUCUUCCUCGGGUCAUUCGCUGUGGUAACCAUCAUGCAGUGUUUUCUGAUCAGUACGGCGUUCGCACGUGCCAACCUGGCAGCGGCUUGCGGGGGCAUUAUCUACUUCACCCUCUACCUGCCUUAUGUGCUCUGUGUGGCUUGGCAAGACUACGUGGGCUUCAGCGCCAAAGUCAUUGCUAGCUUACUGUCUCCAGUGGCGUUUGGAUUUGGCUGUGAGUAUUUUGCCCUGUUUGAAGAGCAGGGUGUGGGCAUCCAAUGGAAUAACCUCUUCUCCAGCCCAAUGGAAGAAGACAACUACAACCUCACCACCUGCCUCAUCCUCAUGUACUUUGAUGCCUUCCUGUAUGGGGUCAUGACCUGGUACAUUGAGGCCGUGUUCCCAGGGCAGUAUGGCAUUCCCAGGCCAUGGUACUUCCCUUUCAGUAAAUCCUACUGGUUUGGAGAGAGCAACACAAACAAUACUGCAGUUCAUGGAAAGAAGAGCAAUGCUGGAACUGUCUGCAUUGAAGAGGAACCCACUCACCUUGAAUUGGGAGUUUACAUUGAGAAUCUUGUGAAGGUCUACCGUCAUGGCAAAAAGCUAGCAGUCGAUGGGUUGACACUUGGCUUCUAUGAGGGGCAAAUAACUUCUUUCCUAGGUCACAAUGGAGCUGGAAAAACCACCACCAUGUCUAUCCUAACUGGCCUAUUCCCUCCCACCUCUGGCACUGCAUAUAUCAUGGGCAAAGAUAUUCGCUCAGAGCUCAGUUCCAUCAGACGGAGCCUCGGAGUGUGUCCACAACACAACGUCCUCUUCAGCAUGUUGACAGUAGAAGAGCACAUCUGGUUCUAUGCCCGUCUGAAGAGUCUGUCUGAGGAGGACGUGAAGGCUGAGAUGGAGCAGAUUCUGACUGAUACUGGCCUUCAACACAAACGCAAGUCCAGGACCAGCCAGCUGUCAGGUGGUAUGCAGAGGAAACUCUCGGUAGCCCUUGCUUUUGUUGGAGGGUCAAAGGUUGUUAUUUUGGAUGAGCCCACUGCUGGUGUGGACCCAUACGCUCGAAGAGGCAUCUGGGACCUUCUUCUGAAGUAUCGUACAGGUCGGACUAUCCUUCUUUCCACCCAUCAUAUGGAUGAAGCGGAUAUUCUGGGCGAUCGUAUUGCUAUCAUCUCCCAUGGAAAGCUUUGUUGUGUGGGCUCUUCGCUCUUUCUUAAGACUCAACUGGGAACUGGAUACUAUCUUACCUUGGUGAAGAAAAACACUGAGCCUUCUCUCAGCUCUUGCAGGAACUCGAGCAGCACUGUGUCCUUUGUUAAGAAAGAUGACAAUGCAUCUGAGAGCAGUUCGGAUGCUGGUCUAGGUAGUGAUCAAGAAAGCGAAGCCGCCACAGCAAUUGGAACUACAUGGCCUGAAUCUCCUGUUGUUCCUGUUGAUGUAGCCCUCAUCUCCAGUCUAAUCCUGAAGCACGUUCCCGCUUCUCGCAUGGUGGAAGACCUCGGUCAUGAGAUCACAUAUGUGUUGCCGUACGAGUCUGCCAAAGAUGGUGCUUUCGUUGAGCUCUUCCAUGACCUGGAUGAUCGGCUCGCUGACCUUGGCAUUUCGAGUUAUGGUGUCUCAGAUACUACACUUGAAGAGAUUUUCCUUAAGGUGGCAGAGGACAGUGGAGUUGACACUGAAAUCAUCUCAGAUGGAACUCUGCCUGUUCCCAGACAUAGGCGACACGCAUUUGGUGCUGACCACCAGAGCUGCCUCAAACCCCUGACCGAAGACGAUAACGUUGACUGCAACGACUCUGACGGUGAUCCAGAAUCCAAAGAAACAGACUAUUUGAGCGUUUCUAAUGGGAAAGGAUCAUAUCAAUUGAAAGGCUGGAGUUUGAAGAGGCAGCAGUUUGUGGCUUUAUUGUGGAAGAGAUUGCUUUAUGCUCGCCGCUCAAGGAAAGGCUUCUUUGCACAGAUUGUUCUUCCCGCUGUGUUUGUGUGCAUUGCUCUGGUUUUCAGUCUUAUUGUGCCACCAUUCGGAAAAUAUCCCAGCCUGGCUCUCAAUCCCUGGAUGUAUGAAGAUCAGUUCACAUUCAUCAGUGAUGAUGCUCCACAUGAUAUAAGCACACAAAAGUUACUCAACGCUUUAUUAGAUGAUCCUGGCUUUGGAACACGAUGCAUGGAAGGAGAACCAAUUACUGAUGUUCCCUGUACAAUGGGCGAUGAGGAAUGGUCUACACAAGAAGUGGCAGAAAGCGUGAUGGACAUUUUCACGUCGACAAACUGGACCAUGGACAACCCAUCGCCUGCUUGUGAGUGCAGCUGUAAUGGCAAAAAGAAGAUGCUCCCAGAAUGCCCUGCUGGUGCAGGUGGACUGCCACCUCCUCAGAUUAAGAUGAGUGAAACUGAGACCCUCCAGAACCUGACGGGACGAAACAUCUCAGACUAUCUCGUGAAGACCUAUGCACAGAUCAUUGGGAAAAGCUUAAAGAACAAGAUAUGGGUGAAUGAAUUCAGAUAUGGAGGAUUUUCAUUGGGAGCUAGAAGCACUCAGGUACUUCCUCCUGCUGAAGAGAUCGACGAUGCCAUCUCUAGAGUCAGGGAAAUCUUCCAACUGGGGAAGAACUCAGGAUCAGCGGCCAACCGUUUCUUGAAAAGCCUGUCUGCCUUCAUCAAUGGGCUGGACACUAAGAAUAAUGUCAAGAUAUGGUUCAAUAACAAGGGCUGGCACAGUAUUGGAGCCUUCCUCAAUGUAAUGAACAAUGGUAUCUUGCGUGCCAACUUACCACCUGGCAAAGACCACCGUCAGUUUGGCAUCACUGCGUUUAACCAUCCGCUCAAUCUGACCAAGGAACAGCUUUCUCAAGUGGCCCUAAUGACCACCUCAGUGGACGUGCUGGUUUCCAUCUGUGUGAUCUUCGCCAUGUCCUUCGUCCCCGCCAGCUUCGUUGUCUUCCUCAUUCAGGAGCGAGUGAAUAAGGCCAAGCACAUGCAGUUUAUCAGCGGAGUGCAGCCAUACCUCUACUGGCUGGCCAACUUUCUCUGGGAUAUGUGCAAUUAUGUUGUUCCUGCUACUCUGGUGAUCCUGAUCUUUGUGUGCUUUCAACAAAAAGCCUACGUCUCUGCAACCAACCUGCCUGUUCUUGCCCUUCUACUGCUUCUUUAUGGAUGGUCCAUCACUCCUCUUAUGUACCCGGCUUCAUUCCUCUUCAAAAUCCCCAGCACCGCUUACGUGGUGCUCACUAGUGUCAAUAUCCUCAUUGGGAUCAAUGGCAGCGUGUCCACUUUUGUCAUGGAGUUAUUUGGAAAUAAUGAGAUCGGUGGCAUUAAUGACAUCCUGAAGAACGUUUUGCUCAUCUUCCCGCAUUUCUGCCUGGGUCGAGGUCUCAUCGACAUGGUGAAGAAUCAGGCCAUGGCUGAUGCUCUGGAGAGAUUUGGUGAGAACCGUUUCCGUUCUCCAUUGGAGUGGGACAUGGUGGGCAAGAAUCUUUUUGCUAUGGCUGUGGAAGGAGUGGUUUUCUUCAUCAUCACAGUCCUUAUCCAGUACCGUUUCUUCUUUGAACCCAAGUCUUUAAGUGCCAAGUUGAGUCCGAUUGGAGAGGAAGAUGAGGAUGUGGCCAGAGAGAGGCAGAGAAUCAUGAGUGGAGCUGGACAGGGAGACAUUCUUGAGCUCAGACAACUCACUAAGGUGUACAAGCGGAAACAGAAGCCUGCUGUCGAUCGUCUAUGUGUAGGCAUUCCUCCAGGAGAGUGUUUUGGUCUGCUUGGUGUCAACGGAGCCGGAAAGACAAGUACUUUUAAAAUGCUGACCGGAGACUCUGUGGUCACCAAAGGAGAAGCAUUCUUGGCUGGGAAAAGUAUACUCAGAGAAAUAGAUGAAGUACAUCAGAACAUGGGCUACUGCCCUCAGUUUGAUGCCAUCAAUGAUCUGCUGACAGGACGGGAACACCUGGAAUUCUAUGCCAUCCUGCGCGGUGUACCUGAGAAGGAAGUUUGUGAGGUGGCGGAGUGGGGAAUCCGUAAACUGGGCCUCGUGAAGUACUUGGACAAGAAAGCAGGAAGCUACAGCGGUGGCAACAUGCGCAAACUCUCCACCGCCAUAUCACUCAUUGGAGCCCCACCAGUGGUUUUCCUGGAUGAGCCCACCACUGGAAUGGACCCCAAAGCACGACGAGCACUGUGGAACUGCAUCCACAGCGUCAUCAAAGAGGGACGCUCCGUCGUACUUACCUCACACAGUAUGGAGGAAUGUGAAGCGCUGUGCACCAGGAUGGCCAUCAUGGUGAACGGCAGGUUCCGCUGUCUGGGUAGCGUCCAGCACCUGAAAAACAGAUUUGGCGAUGGGUACACCAUCAUUCUGAGGGUUGCUGGGCCGGAUCCUGACCUGCAGCCAGUGAUGAAGUUCAUUGAGAGCGAGCUGCCAGGAAGCACCCUGAAAGAAAAACACAGAAACAUGCUGCAAUACCAGCUUCCCUCCUCCCUCACCUCCCUCGCUCACAUCUUCAGCAUCCUCGCUAAGAACAAAGAGUUUCUCAGGAUAGAGGACUACUCUGUGUCCCAAACCACUCUGGACCAGGUAUUUGUUAACUUUGCCAAGGACCAAAGUGACGACCCCUCAGACAGCUCCAUUCGUCGUAAAGAGACAGCGGUCAACAUGGCCCUCCUGAGCCCUCUGCCUGCUAAAGAGAACAUGGAGAAGCCAAUAGAAAGCUUUGUGUGAGCCGGAGUCUCCCUUUACACUACAUGCUAACUGGAGCCAGUGGAUUCCACAUAUUUCACAAUGUUUCUGUGGCCUUUGAGCUCUGCCGUUCUGUGGCCUUUGAGCUCAGAGGUCUGCCGUUCUGACCUCUGUCUGAAGAUAAACGUCUUCACCGGUCAGCAGAGAGGCAGAUACUGCAGCUGACACACUCAAUGCAAGUCAAUGCAAAAGAAAUUAAAAAGACUUCUCUCGUGUUUCUAGCAUGGCUGAAUCUGAACCAUGUUAGUCACAUAAUUUCUGGUGUAGUCGGACUGCACAGACUCUAUUUUGCGUAGUCGUCGAUAUUGAUAGAUUUUCAUCGUGCAAGAUAAUCGGCUCGAUGGAAAAUGCCAAUGAUCAAUAAUUCGGGGUCAGUGUCUUUGUAUUUUAUUUUCUUAAGACUAGAAGACUGGGGAAUCACAUGCUGAAGAAUCAGAAUCGUUUGCGUGGCCAAGGGCUGAACUGCAAAACUG